AUGACUGGCGCUGCCGUGGCCAACAGAAACGUAUCUUGGAGGCAAAUGUUUCCCCCUAGGAAGCUCGUCUAUCCCUUCGCUCUUGUCACUUCACUAUUCUUUCUUUGGGGGUUUACAUACGGUUUACUCGAUGUCCUUAACAAGCACUUUCAAAACACUCUUGGGAUCACCAAACUUGAGUCAACGGGUCUUCAAAUCGCCUACUUUGGCGCUGGUUAUUUCGCAUUCGCGCCAAUCGCUGGCGAAAUAUUCCAUAGGCGUGGAUACAAAUUCACUAUCAUCUUGGGUCUAGCGCUUUACUCGAUUGGUGCAAUUUUCUUCUGGCCUUGUGCAAAGUUCGCAGGAACGAGUAGCAACAAGAAGGCCGUGUUCGGCGGUUUCGUGGUUUGUUCGGCUGUUAUUGGAUGGGGUCUCGCGGCCCUGGAAAUCGCUGCAAUCACCUACGUUAUGUGUUUGCCCGGAACUGAACCGUCUGGUGCUGCUUUCCGCCUUCAAUUUUCGAUGGGGUUCAACGGCAUCGGGAUAUUUUCGGGGCCGUUCAUUGCGUCCAAGUACUUCUUCUCCGGCGAUAACGCCAACAAUCUCACCAACGUCCAAUGGGUCUACCUCGCUGUUGCUCUGAUGGGUGCAUUUGUUGCGUUUUUAUUUGUUAUCGCCAAGCUUCCUGAGACCCCUCAAGCUGAGCUCGAGAAUCAAGCGCGAGCUGCCGCUGAGAUAUCCGGAACAGAUGCCACUACCGAUCAGCCCUUUCGAAAGCAAUAUCGUGUGUUCUUCGGCUGGUUUGCUCAGUUCCUGUGUGUUGCUUCACAAGUCAGCUCUGCCUCAUUCUUCAUCAAUUAUGGCGCCGAGGUUGUUGGCUGGGCUGAUGCAAAGACGUCCAAAAUGUUGUCCUAUGCACUCAUAAUGUUCACCGUCGGUCGCUUCGUUGGAUUGGCCAUCCUCACCAUUUGGCCGGUCGAACUUCUUGUUGGUCUUUGGUCCAUCGUAUGUUUCGUCUUGAUUAUCUGUACAGCAUUUAUCGACGGCAAAGCUGGCAUCGGAUGCCUUAUGGCCGCUAUGUUCUUCCAGGCGCCUCUAUUCCCUGGUGUUUUCGCUAUUUCUACCAAAGGAAUGGGGCGCCAUACUCGUCGUGCUUCAUCGCUCCUCAUCUCUGCCAUUGGUGGUAACGCUGUGCUUCCCCCGAUUCAAGGCGCUAUUGCUGAUCGUUAUGGCACGCAUAUCUCAUAUGCUCUCCAUAUACCUUCUUACGUCUACAUUACCGGGUUUUCGCUCUUCCUCUGGUACCGCCAUGGCGCACAUUUCAACUUACGUGACGAGCCAAUGGCGAAGGUAGGGCCCGCUCUCGAAGGUGAAAUGAGUACCCCGGAGCUACACCGCACUCAGACCAGUGACAGCAAGAAGUUAGGAGACAAGAUGGAUGCUGAUAUGUUUGAGAAGGAGAAAGUCUAG